GCGGAGAGAAAACCUGCGGGGACGGGAGCGAAGAGCACUGGGAGCAGGGACCGGAGGGAGGACAAUCCCUGUGCGGAGGAGCCUCCAAGAUGUUCCAAAAGCUCUUCCCCGCGCUCCUGGUCUGGGGCCUCCUGGGCUCCCUCCAUGCUCAGCAGCAGUCAGCAUUCUUUGAGGGCGGCCCCGCGGACAGAGUCAGCAGCUGCCUAGAGGAGACAGACUGCCCCAUCAAAUGUCCCUGUGGAACCUCGGGCGGACCAUGCAGUGCCCAUCGAACCUGCUAGCAGACGCGUUCCUGUCAGUUCACCAGCGAACUGAAGAACCUCAAGUACCAGGGCCAGGUGGCCAUCAGCUGGCACUACGGGGGCCUGCACUUCUCCGACGAGGUGGAGAUCUUCAGCCCGCUGGGCAGCGAUGAGGCCACCUUCAAGUCCAAGCUACAGAAGAUCCGCUCCUUCCGCCGCGGGACCUUCACCGACUGUGCCAUCUCCAACAUGACCCAGGAGAUCACCAGGAACCCCAGCAAGGGCAUCAACUUCGCCAUUGUGAUCACCGACGGGCACGUCACCGGCAGUCCCUGCGGCGGGAUCAAGCUGCAGGCCGAGAGGGCGCGUGACGCGGGCAUCAAGCUCUUCGCGGUGGCCCUCAACCAGAACAAGAACGAGCACGGGCUCCGGGAGAUCGCCAACCUGCCGCACGAGCUCUACCGCAACAACUACCUCACCAUCAGGGAGGACUCCUCCAUCGACCAAGACACUAUCGACAGGAUCAUCCAGGUCAUGAAACACGAAGCAUAUUCUGAGUGCUACAAGGUGAGCUGCCUGCAGAUCCCGGGCCCCGCCGGCCCCAAGGGCUACCGCGGACAGAAGGGAGCCAAGGGGAACAUGGGCGAGCCGGGCGAGCCUGGGCAGAAAGGGCGACAGGGAGACCCCGGCAUCGAGGGCCCCAUCGGCUUCCCAGGCCCCAAGGGCGUCCCUGGUUUGAAGGGCGAGAAGGUAAGCUGCCUCUGGGCUGUCACUGGGGGGGCUCCUUUUCAGGCAGAGCCUCCUAGUGCGGGGGAGCCCUUUCCUUCAGAUAGGGACACUUGGGGGAAGGGACCUGGCUCUGGAGACGAGGACCUGGCCGUGGGGGCGCAGGACCUGGCUUCAAGAGCCCCCAUUAUCACCCAGGUGCCAGGAGUUGGUCAGUUCUCUCCUGGACACCCGCCUCUGGGUGGGGCGUGGGGAAAGCGGGGACGCAUCGGCCCCCCCGGCUGCAAGGGGGACCCCGGUGACAGGGGCCUGGACGGUUACCCAGGGGAGGCCGGGAGCCCAGGAGAACCAGGCGACCAGGGCAGCAAGGGAGAUUCGGGCCGCCCGGGCCGCCGCGGCCCCCCAGGACCAGAUGGAGAGAAAGGGAGCAAGGGUUACCAAGGCAACAACGGAGCCCCUGGAAGUCCGGGUGUGAAGGGAGCCAAAGGGGGGCCAGGACCCCGAGGACCUCGUGGAGAGCAGGGCCGUAGAGGAGAUCCCGGGGCCAAAGGCGGCCCAGGAGAUGACGGGCCAAAGGGAGAAAAGGUGAGUGAGCUUGGGCACGGAGGGAAGGUCAGGGCCAGAGAGCGGAGCCUCAGGAGCCCCCCGAUUCCCCCUCCAAGAGCCUCGGCCAAGCCCUUUGGGAUUCUCAUGGCUGGCCCUUCCCCUCCUCAGUUUCCCAGUCUGAUCAGCACCAGGGACACUUCCCUUUCUGCACAGGGAGACCGAGGCAUGCCGGGACCCAGAGGACCCCAGGGCAGCCCCGGAGAGCCCGGGAAGCAGGGAUCCCGUGGGGACCCAGGGGAUGUCGGUCCCAGAGGAGACUCGGGGCCUCCCGGACCCAAGGGAGACGGGGGAACUCCAGCUGGUCUGGGACCUCAGGGAGAGCCGGGAGAAAAAGGCGAGCCCGGCCCCCCCGGCCCGGAGGGCCCACGAGGCGACUUCGGCAUCAAAGGAGCUCCCGGGAAGAAAGGAGAGAAAGGAGAGCCUGCGGAUCCUGGUCCCCCCGGAGAGCCUGGCCCCAGAGGCCCCAAAGGAGCCCCCGGCCCAGAGGGUGAACCUGGCCCCCCUGGAGACCCCGGCCUGACGGAGUGUGACGUCAUGACCUACGUGAGGGAGACCUGCGGCUGCUGCGACUGCGUGAAGCACUGCGGAGCCCUGGACAUCAUCUUUGUCAUCGACAGCUCGGAGAGCAUCGGCUACACCAACUUCUCGCUGGAGAAGAACUUUGUCAUCAACGUGGUCAACAGGCUGGGCUCCAUCACCAAGGACCCCAACUCUGACACAGGGACACGCAUCGGGGUGGUCCAGUACAGCCAUGACGGCACCUUCGAGGCCAUCAAGCUGGACGACGAGCGCAUCACCACCCUGUCCCAGUUCAAGGAGGAGGUGAAGAAGCUGGAGUGGAUCGCGGGGGGCACGUGGACGCCCUCGGCCCUGAACUACACCUACAACGAGCUCAUCAAGGGCGGCCGGCGCAAGAAGACCAAGGUGUUCGCGGUGGUCAUCACGGACGGGCGCCACGACCCCCGCGACGACGAGCAGUCGCUGACCGCGCUGUGCAACACGGUGGAGAACGUGGUGGUCACCGCCAUCGGCAUUGGGGACAUGUUCAACGAGCAUCACGAGAGCGAGAGCCUCCGCUCCAUCGCCUGCAACCAGAAGGGCCAAGUGCGCAACAUGACGCUCUUCUCCGACCUGGUGGCCGAGAAGUUCAUAGACGAGAUGGAGACCUUCCUGUGCCCAGAUCCUCAGAUCGUCUGCCCUGAUCUCCCCUGCCAGACAGAACUGUACGUAGCCCAGUGCACGCAGCGGCCCGUGGACAUCGUCUUCCUGCUGGACGGCUCCGAGCGCAUCGGCGAGCGCAACUUCCACAAGGCGCACCGCUUCGUGGAGGAGGUGGCGCGGCGGCUGACGCUGGCCCGGCGGCACAACGACCCGCUGAACGCGCGGGUGGCCCUGCUGCAGUACGGCAACGAGCGCGAGCAGGAGGUGGUCUUCCCGCUCACCUCCAACCUGACGGCCAUCCAGGGCGCGCUGAGCCGCAUCCGCUACCUCAACUCCUUCUCGCACGUGGGCACGGGCAUCAUCCACGCCAUCAACAACAUCGUCAUGGACCCGCAGGCCGGGGCGCGCCGCAACGCCGAGCUCUCCUUCGUCUUCAUCACGGACGGCGUCACGGGCGAGCUGAGCCUCAACGAGUCCCUGCACUCCAUGCGCAAGCAGGACGUGGUGCCCACCGUGCUGGCGCUGGGCGGCGACGUCGACAUGGACCUCCUGCUGAAGAUCAGCCUGGGGGAUCGCGCCGCCAUCUUCCAGGAGAAGGACUACGACAGCCUCUCCCAGCCCAGCUUCUUCGACAGGUUCAUCCGCUGGAUCUGCUAGCUCUGCACGAGUCCCGAGCGCCCCACCCCGCCCCCGACGUGCACGCGCCCCUGCUCCUCCCCUCCCACGGCCUGGAGUCUUCCUAGCCAACAGCAACUAGUCCCAAACUCUCAAUGGUGCUAACAGAACACAAGGCGGAGGGCGCGCCCGUGACCUUUACCAAGCCUCUUCAAGUCGCCCCCCCCCUCCCGUGGGUGAGUGUGGGGGCCGCGCGGGUUAUCCAAACCCGAGGCCGAGCCGGGUCGCCGGUGCCCCCCCUCCUCCUCCCGCGCUGCCUCGGAUGACCCGAUCGCCGACCUUCCGGUCCCGUCUCCGAGGCGGUUUCGUAGCCCGGGCCUCCGGGUGGAGGUGAGCGCAGGUCCCCAGAGCACGAGCAAACCAGCGUGGGCCGUGAGAGCCUCCAGCCAAGCCACGAGCAGGCGGAAGGCUUCCCGGUGCACCGAGGUCCCGCCGCCGCCCCACGCAAGGCUGCGGGGAGCUCACACCUGGGCCGCCCGCCUCCCCUCCAAAGCCUCCCAACAGUGAGACCACUACCUGCAAACCCCACCCCCUCCUUCCCAGCAGCCUCCUCACCAAGGUCCACAACGCGUGGACUUGAUGCUUUCCGCUUCCUUGCUCUGUCCUUGCCGCUCUGCUCUCCCCUCCCCCCUUUGGGAUCCAGGCCCUUUCUCCUCCUCCGAUGGUUCCACCACCCCCAGGCAGCCUUCCCCGCGGGUGCCCGCUUGCUGGCGCCUUCCCUUUAGGGAUCUCAGCCACCCCCCUUCCGUUCUGAGAGAGGACCGUCCUUCUCUGGGAGUGGGGGUGCUGCACCCUCGGAGCUUGGCUCGCCCCAGGGCAAGCCACGGGGAGCUGGGCGCCCCGGCCUCCUGCUCCCGCCGGCCCUUGGGUCUGCCCUCCCUCUCCCUACCACCGGGGCCCCUCAGCCUCCCUCGGAAAGGGCGGCCGA